UGUCCAUUUAUUUUCUUUUCCCAAUUUUUCAUUUCAGUAUUGGCUUCACUUCGUCGUUCCACUUUCCACUCUCUCUGUGAAAUUUCACCGGCCACCCAAAAUCAGAACCAUUUCUCCCGCUCGAUUUCCUGGUAAAUUAGAAGAAUGGUUGACGUCGAACGGAGGAUGACCGGUUUAAACCCGGCCCACGUAGCCGGCCUUCGUCGUCUCUCGGCAAGAGCGGCCGCCUCCACCCCUUCCACACCUCUUCCGCCGCGUGAUAGCCUCCUCUCCUUUUCUUCCCUUGCAGAUAAAGUCAUUACACAUCUCAAGAACUCGGGAAUUCAAGUCCAACCAGGAUUAUCCGAGUCCGAGUUCGCAUUGGCCGAGGCGGAGUUUGGCUUUACCUUUCCGCCGGACCUGAAAGCUGUUCUCUCAGCCGGAUUUCCCCUCGGCGCCGGUUUCCCUGACUGGCGCUCCUCUCGUUCCGCUCGGCAUCACCUCCGCUCCGCCAUUGAUCUUCCUAUCGCCUCCAUUUCCUUUCACAUAGCUCGGAACUCCUUCUGGUCCAAGUCAUGGGGAACCAGACCAUCUGACCCGGAAAAGGCCCUGAAAAUAGCCCGAAACGCACUUAAAAGGGUCCCUCUUUUGAUACCCGUUUUCAACCAUCGUUACAUUCCUUGCAAUCCUUCUCUAGCAGGAAACCCCAUAUUCUACGUCGAUGAAAGCAGGAUUUUCUUAUGUGGAUUCGACUUAUCAGACUUCUUUGAUCGUGAAUCUUCUCUAUUUCGAAGCCCUAAUCAGAAUUUACUCUCCAAGCAGCUCUCUAUAAGUGAAAAAUCAGGCAGAUCAUCGACGAAUUCUUCGAGAAGAAGUCUAGACACUGUCUCCGUUACAAGAACGCCACGGUGGGUGGAGUUCUGGAGCGACGCCGCUAUCAAUCGCCGCCGGAGGAACUCAGAUUCCUCAUCUACGUCUUCAUCGUCGCCAGACAGAUAUUCCGACAUGCCAAGAUACGAAGUCCCCGACUGGGUCGAGGAAUACGUGUCCCAUAUCGGGUCAGUUUUGAGAGAAGGCGGGUGGGCAGAAUCUGACAUCUCUGAGAUCGCACACGUUCCAGCAUCUGGAUUCUUUGAUGGAGAGAUGGUGAUGCUGGACAAUCAAGCAGUUCUUGAUGCUUUGUUAUUGAAGACAGAUCGGUUCUCGGAUAUGCUCCGGAAAGCCGGGUGGAGAUCCGACGAGGUUUCGGAUGCUCUUGGAUUCGAUUUCCGAUUGGUAGAAAGGAAUCCAUCGAAGAAAUUGUCACCGGAAUUGCUCGAGAGACUCGGAAAACUGACAAAGUCGUUCACUCAACCGUAUUAAUCAUCUUUAAUCUCCAUAUUCUUCGCACUUUUGUCUUUUCAAAAGCCUCCGAUUUGCUCUCCACCUCCUUUGCGAACCUGAGAUAAAUCACUCAGGCUGAAAAAAAAAAAAAAAAGGAAUAAAUUGUUAUCAAUUAUUCUACACUUCUACUUGGAAAUAUGAUUUUGUACAUAUAGAUUGACAGAUGAAUACAUGAUAUCCAUUUGUCCGAUUUAAAUUUCUGAAAUUCAAUUUAUCUAUACAAAAAUUCUGUACAUAUAAAAGAAUUCAAUUGUUAUUAUAACGUUAGUUCAGUCGA